AUCGGGAAAAAAACAAGCGGGCGACAGCGUUGUGCGCGUGCACGUGUCUGCGAAUGAUGGAGCGUGUGCAGUGGAGUGAGGGUCUCAGACAGGUUCCAAGAGGAAUGGUGACCUCUGUGCGGUCAGUCGCUCUGAACACUGAUCUCUCCGUGGAGGACAUCGAGCUUCUCCUCACUCACAUCACUGCACUCAGGAAGGAGGUGGCAGAGCUGCUCCACAAAUUAUUACCACACCACCCACAAGCUGCUCUACAGCACCAGGCUGUGUUGUGUCCUGGCCUGAAGACUGAAGUGAAGUCAGAGCCCGACUCGGUGAAACUGGAGUUCUCUUCAUCUCCUGAGUGUAAACCUAAACCAUGUCACACAAACACACACCAUGCAGACCUUCACACACACACACGGCUGGAGGACCUUCACACACACACACGGCUGGAGGACCUUCACACACACACACGGCUGGAGGACCUUCACACACACACACGGCUGGAGGACCUUCACACACACACACGGCUGGAGGACCUUCACACACACACACGGCUGGAGGACCUUCACACACACACACGGCUGGAGGACCUUCACACACACACACGGCUGGAGGACCUUCACACUCUUUUAAAAAAUGAACCUGAGCCAGUGGAAAUCUCUCACACUCCACACAGUUCAGUGCAGCUGGUGGACUGCAGGAGCUCAGGCAUCUCUGAAGAACCCUGUCUGAAGAAGGAAGAACAUGAAGAUGAUUGGUGCCGAAUGAUGGAGCAUGUGCAGUGGAGUGAGGGUCUCAGAAAGGUUCCAGGAGGAAUGGUGACCACUGUGCGGUCAGUCGCUCUGAACACUGACCUCUCCAUGGAGGACAUCGAGCUUCUCCUCACUCGCAUCACUGCACUCAGGAAGGAGGUGGCAGAGCUGCUCCACAAAUUAUUACCACACCACCCACAAGCUGCUCUACAGCACCAGGCUGUGUUGUGUCCUGGCCUGAAGACUGAAGUGAAGUCAGAGCCCGACUCGGUGAAACUGGAGUUCUCUUCAUCUCCUGAGUGUAAACCUAAACCAUGUCACACAAACACACACCAUGCAGACCUUCACACACACACACGGCUGGAGGACCUUCACACACACACACGGCUGGAGGAACUUCACACACACACACGGCUGGAGGACCUUCACACACACACACGGCUGGAGGACCUUCACACACACACACGGCUGGAGGACCUUCACACUCUUUUAAAAAAUGAACCUGAGCCAGUGGAAAUCUCUCACACUCCACACAGUUCACUGCAGCUGGUUUACUGCAGGAGCUCAGGCAUCUCUGAAGAACCCUGUCUGAAGAAGGAAGAACAUGAAGAUGAUUGGUGCAAAAUGAUGGAGCAUGUGCAGUGGAGUGAGGGUCUCAGACAGGUUCCAGGAGAAAUGGUGACCACUGUGCGGUCAGUUGCUCUGAACACUGACCUCUCCAUGGAGGACAUCGAGCUUCUCCUCACUCGCAUCACUGCACUCAGGAAGGAGGUGGCAGAGCUGCUCCACAAAUUAUUACCACACCACCCACAAGCUGCUCUACAGCACCAGGCAGUGUGGAGUCCUGACCUGAAGACUGACGUGAAGUCAGAGCCUGACUCUCCUGAGUUCUCUUCAUCUCCUGAGUGUAAACCUGAACCACGUCACACACACACACACCACGCAGACCUGCACACACACACACGGCUGGAGGACCUUCACACUCUUUUAAAAAAUGAACCUGAGCCAGUGGAAAUCUCACACACACCACACACUACACACACACACACUGGUCAACACAGACCACAUGUUCGUGUUAAGGUGUGUUCAGUGCAGCUGGUGGACUGCAGGAGCUCAGACAUCUCACACACCUCUGAGGAACCCUGUCUGAAGAAGGAAGAACAUGAAGAUGAUCCAGAUGAUGAUUGUAGCAGUUAUGCUCCACUUGAUUCCAGAAAAACGUCUAAGAUGGCAGGAGCGAGAGCAGAAGAACGUGCUGAGGAAUUCUCAGAGAGGCCUUUCUGCUGCUCCGUCUGCGACAAGAGCUUCACUAUAAAAUUCAAUCUCCUGAAACACAUGAAGCUCCACGCUGGAGAGAAACCAUACCUCUGCAUUCACUGUGGGAAAACCUUCACCCAGUUAUUCAACCUGACAUCUCACUUGAGGAUCCACACCGGAGAAAAGCCCUUCCUGUGCGGUCAGUGUGGAAAAAGCUUCUCUCAAGCGUCCAAGCUGAAAACUCACCUGAGGAUCCACACGGGAGAGAAGCCCUACGCCUGUGGGACCUGCCAGAAACGCUUCUCUGAUUCCUCCACGCUUAAUAAACACCAGAGAACACACACCGGGGAGAAACCCUACCGCUGCUCCACCUGUGGGAAGAGUUUCGGACAGUCGGCUCACCUCAUGAAGCAUCAGCGCUCACAUAAUCGCAAAUCCUCCAAAGGUUCUUCAGAUCCGGAUUUUAGAGCUUAAUACCUCUUCAUGUGGAUCUUCAGCAGCACUUUAUUUCAGUUUGAACUUCAGGUUCUGAACAGGUUCUACCACAUUACCCACAAUGCUAUGCUGAUCCAGUGACCUUAACGUCAUCUCUAUCUCCAGAGUGUGAUGCAGUGUCGCUUUAAUCUAUCCAGCUCUCAGCUCCUCCUCACACACCUUCCUUCAGCACAGGAUGAGGUCUGGUGUUCAGGUCUUCUUCUCUCUGUGGAUGUGAUACCUCACACUUCAGCUUCAUCUCCUUGCUGUGUCUGAUAUCAGCUGCUGCUCCACUAACAUUAGUAGAGACUUGUGUUAGUCAGGAGAGCUGCUGAGGCACUGAGAGAGGAAACCUGAGGAGUUAAACCUGGUGAAGAACAGCAGACCUGAACACGGUGCUGCAUCAUUACCUGCCUCACUGAUACAACUGAUAGAACACACACAAACACACACACACACCUCCAAGAGUCCUACAGGAGAAUAAUGAUGUCACGAACACGUGUGUGUGUGUGGGGGGGUAUCAGUGAAGGUGUAGAGCUGGUGUGUGUUAUUAAACAGAACUGAUAUGAUUUUAUUGAUCUCUGAUCAUCGGCUGUGUUCAACUCUUCACCUGAGAGAGAGACAGGCAGUGCGAGAGAGACAGACAGUGAGAGAGACAGACAGUGAGAGAGAGACAGACAGUGAGAGAGAGACAGGCAGUGCGAGAGAGACAGACAGUGAGAGAGAGACAGACAGUGAGAGAGAGACAGACAGUGAGAGAGAGACAGGCAGUGCGAGAGAGACAGACAGUGAGAGAGAGACAGGCAGUGCGAGAGAGACAGACAGUGAGAGAGAGACAGACAGUGAGAGAGAGACAGACAGUGAGAGAGAGACAGGCAGUGCGAGAGAGACAGACAGUGAGAGAGAGACAGACAGUGAGAGAGAGACAGGCAGUGCGAGAGAGACAGACAGGACUUUCAGUUUUAAAAUCUAUGCAAAUGUUUUUAUACAAUAAACCAAU